CCGUCGCGCGAGUUUGUCGAUGGCUUCGUAGCGUGCUUGACACGACCGAUGGAGGUCGAAGGUCACGGAAGUCCUGGAUUUUAUUAAGGCUACCAUGGAUUGUCUAUGCUGCGAUGAAGUAUUGUCACUGUGACUGUGUGAUUAGUGACUGCUGUAGAAUUCGGUCGAUUUUCAGAUAACUUUUUUUAAUGCACAGAAAUGUGCAUUCAUGGAGAGACAGAUCUUGGAUUCUGAGUGAAAAAGUGGAGUCAUAAAUCACUUGUCAUGAGCUGGAGAACACUACUGUGAGAACACCACCUGUGUGUCGCUACACAACAUUAUGUCAAAUUCUAAAAGCUUACUUUUAGAAGACUUUCAUCAGAACAAAACAUCUAUAGUCACAUUAUAAAUCAGUCCAAAGUUAACCAUGUCUCUUGUGAAAAGAGCAAACUGGUGACAAUGUAGUUCUGGAGAUAUUUAUUAGGGUCUGCUUAACCUCUAAACUCAGAAGCAGUAUGCUUUUUCCUUCUGUUAACUUUGUGGUCUGUUGACAUUUUGUAAAUUCCAGGUAAAAAAAAAUGCAUAGCUUGAAUAAAGUGCUUAUUUUUAUGGCAGCAUUAUCUGUCAGAAUCCAACAAUAUGCCUGCUUUAGUGUUGACUCCUAUCAUGCAGAAAAUAGGCUUCUACAGGUAGCUGUAGAUCCUGUAUCAGGCACAGUCUUCUUAGGUGGACAGAAUGUUCUGUUGCAGAUGACAGAAAAUUUGCAACUUAUUGAAUCAUUAACUUUAGGCCCAAAAGUUGACAGUCUAGACUGUGAUCCUUCACUGGGAUGUGUCAAUGGAGCUCUCACAGAAAAUUAUGUGAAAGUUUUAGAAGUUCACCUACUAAAGCAGAAGCUUCUUGUUUGUGGGACUGUUCACCAAGGUAACUGUAGUUUGCAUUCACUUGCCAAUAUCUCAAAUUUUCAAGAUAUUACUAACACAUCUGUUUCAAACUUCCUUGGCAGUCGGAAAUCUGUUGUUGUGCAUAUAAGUAAUUUUUCAAACCAGUUGGGCUGCCUUAUAGUUGGCCAGGAGUAUGAUGGACGCAACGCAAACUUUUCACCUAAUGUUUUCUCAGUCAGAAAAAUUGAAAGCCCUGCUGGCAAGAACUCCAUUAAUUUUUUUCAUUAUGAUGAAGCUGCUUCAACAAUAUCUGCGCUGGAUAUACCAAGUUCACAAAAGUCAACAUAUCACAUGGAGUUUGUGAACAUUUUCCAUGAUGAUGAGUUUAUCUAUUUUUUGACUGUGCAACAGAAAUCUUUAUCCUCACCUGGUAAACCUUAUCCAAGACUUUCUCGCAUAUGUAAUAAUGAUGUUGCUUUUUACUCCUAUGUUGAGAUUGGUUUGCUUUGUAAAUUUGCUGGCGAACAGUACCCAAUGAUUCUUACAGCAGUUCAGCAUGAUGAAAUGCUUUUUUUUACUGCGGGCCGCGCUUCAGACGAACAGCCUUUUGAGGCUGAAACUGCACGGGUUCAGUUGUGUGGUAUUCGCAAAAGUGACAUAAAGAAUUUUUAUUUUACUGUAAAUACAAACUGCUAUGGAAGCGGAGUUGGUGUGCAACGUUCUUCCUGGUUUUAUGGCAGAGAGGAGCAAUGUAGUCCAAAUCAGGUGUCAGAUUUCUGUGGAGAUAGUAACAACAGGAUCAUCCAAUCACAGUCUACCCUUGAUAACACCAUCUCAGAUAAAAUACAUGUGUUUUAUGAAUUUCCAUCAGAGCUGGUAACAUCUCUGUCUGCCACCACUCAUGGUAGCAAAACAGUCCUCAUACUGGGGACUAAUACAGGCAGAUUUAUAAAGAUGGCAGUGACUUAUGAUGGAGGCAAAUUUACCUCUUCCCGAUAUAUGGAGUACCCACUGAGUGAUCAACCAAUUCAGAAAGAUACAGCCUUUGAUAAAGAAGGGAAAAGCUUGUAUGUUCUUUCAGACAACAAGGUGUACAAAUUUCCAAUUCAUUCCUGUUCUGUGCACAAAGAUUGUGGGGACUGUUUGAAAAGCAAGGACCCUUUGGGCUGUGGAUGGUGUGUGGACUCUUGUACAACAAAAAUUGAGUGUCCUACGAAUAAGAUAUGGACUGAUCCAUUUUCAGAUGUUACUCCAAGCUGUCCACCUAUUCUGUACUCUAUUCCUGAAGUAAAAUCUGUCAGUAAAAAAGGGCCACAAUCAGGAGGAACCAAUAUCUCAUUCAGCGGAGAAAAUCUGGACAUAGGUUCCAAUCUGAGCGUUGCAUUUGUCAACUCUGAGCCAUCAAGCUGCAUUAUCUAUGGUAAAUCUUCUACAUCUAUCAGCUGUACAACAACACCCAGCCAGACUGUUGGGGAGAAACGUAUUGUUAUCACCAUUGAUGAUGAGCAAAUAAUUCUGACGCAGACUUUCAAUUUCUUAAGGGAUCCAAUCAUUCUAGAAAUGUUCCCACGCAGAUCUUUUUUCAGUGGUGGUAUAACAAUCACCAUGACAGGUGAAAAUCUUCAUGCUGCUGCUCAGCCAUUACUAAGAGGCAUUUACAAUGGUAGUGAUAUAGGAUCCUCAGAGAUUUGUCAGUCAAGCACAGAUGGAAAACAAAUGACAUGUCCUGCACUAAAUGUGGAGAAGCUGUUUCGAUCAACAAAGCACCAGCUGGAACUUGUACGGCUGUAUGUGGUGAUGGACGGCGUUGAACUUUUGAGGAACCUGAGGAAUAUCAACGAAUUUCAGUAUUUUCCAGAUCCAGUCUUCUUUCCUUUCAGUGGGGAGAAUAAGCUGAAACAAUUUGAUGUCAGCACAGAAGAAUUCUUGGAACUGUCGGGCAAGAAUCUUAAUGUUGGCUUCAGCGCACAAGACAUUGGUGUAUUUAUUGGGCAAGACCGUUGCAUUGUCAUUGAAAAAUCUGACAGCAUCCUUCGUUGCAAGCCUGAAGUCAAAGACGACUACAUAGAUAGCCAAAAUCAUCUACCUAUUCAUGUGCAGCUGGGUAACCUCAACUUCAGUGCUUCACAGAUUGGGUAUAUUAUUUAUUUGAAAAGUGCACAGGCAGGCCUUACAGGAGCUCUAAUUGCCCUAGUUGUGGUGGUAAUCCUGAUAAUCCUAGGAGUUAUUGUGUUGGUAGUUAUCAUGAAAAAGAAGAGAGUUGGGUUUUUCAAGCCUAAGUCUUCCACCACAAUUGCUUACACUGCAGGCCAUGAAGUUGGAAUGCAUAAUCUGGAUGCUAAUGGAACAAGAACCUACACACUGGAGGCCAGAGAAAAUGACUAUUUUGACCGUACUGAAAUACAUGGAGCAGCAGCAUCACCUCUACACCAUAUUGAUGAGGACAUGCUGAAAUUGAUUCAAAAUGAAAGCCUACUUAUAGACCAUGACUGUUUGACUUUGGGAGAGGAGAUUGGUAAAGGCAACUUUGGAUGCGUUCGACGAGGAUUUCUUACUUUGCCAGAACAGAAAGGAGAUAUUUUGGUGGCGGUGAAAACACUUCAUGACAACAAUCCCCGUGAAAUAGAGCUCAACAGCUUUCUACAAGAAGCUCUCAUCAUGAAGGACUUUCACCAUAGCAAUGUUUUAACUCUAAUUGGCAUCUGCCUGAACCUUGAUGACAUGCCUUUGGUUGUUCUGCCUUUCAUGACUCAUGGUGAUCUUCAUACCUACAUUCGGGAUCCGAACAAUCUACCCACAACCAAAGAUUUGAUUAUGUUUGGAGUUGACAUUGCUCGUGGUAUGGAGUACUUGGCUGGUCUCAAGUUUGUACACAGAGAUCUAGCUGCCAGAAAUUGCAUGUUAGAUGAAGAAUUCCGUGUGAGGGUGGCUGACUUUGGCUUAGCUCGUGACAUUUAUGAAAAAGAGUACUACAGUUCUGAGAACAAGAAGGCCAAGCUCCCCGUCAAGUGGAUGGCUUUGGAGAGUCUGGAGAAAGGCACAUACAGCUCAAAGUCAGAUGUGUGGUCAUAUGGAGUUGUUCUGUGGGAGUUGCUAACGCGGGGAGUGACUCCAUACCCAGAAGUUGACAACUGGGACAUCAUACGUUACCUCAAGGCAGGACGACGCAUGCCUCGGCCAGAAUACUGUCCAGACAGGCUCUAUGCCAUCAUGAGAAACUGCUGGUCAGCAGACCCAGCCAGUCGUCCCACCUUCUCGCAAUUGGUCACCGACAUUCUAAACAUGGUAGAGGAACUUGAGCACAUCACUGGCAGCCAGCAACGCAACAUCAAGACAACAUAUGUCAACAUUGAUGAAUGUACCAACUACCAUUACCAUGAUGACUUGGAGCAGCUAAGGUCAAAUGCAGCCCUUUCUGAGGAUUUCACAAAUGCAUGAGGUGAUGAUUCUUGGAUUUAUCAUGCAUUAUAUUUAUACUUUUUAUUGAAUUUUUCCAAAGUAUUAAAAGAUGUAUACAGAAGUAUUCUGUUUGCUCAUGUUUAUAUUCUGGGCAUUAAAAGAGUUACCUUUGGCAAACCUUUCGUGUCCACAGCAUCAGUCACAUACCAUUCAUGUUUGCAUUGACAUAUUCAGACAAUCAGGCUCCACCCUUUAUAUAUACAUAUUUAAAUAUAUGUAUAUCAAGACAAAGGCAUUUUUGUUUCAUGAUCAGCUUGCCUGGUUUUUUUUUAAGCAGAAUAAUUCACCUAUGUUUCCCUCAACAUCUGGAAAGUUUUUUUUAAGGUCACUAAUAGUUAUAAUACUUCCUUCCACAUAUAUUCUAAAUCAUUUUAUACUUUUUCAAUCCAACACUCAUUUCAUUAAAAGAUGCCAAAGUUUCUCACAAAUUGUACUUAGGUUGGUUUUCUGAAGAUUGUUUAGUGGUAAUUGUAAUGGUUGCUUCUGUGACGUAAUGCACCUGAUUUUGUAUAAGUUAUGUGUGAUAUGGUAGCCCUGUUCAUGGUGGCUCAUGUGAUGCAAGUGUUUUUGAUUAUGUCAUGAUCUCAAAUGUGAUUAUGUAAAUUGUGCAAGCAGAUUGUGGAAGCUUAGGACUAACAAAUUAAAGAUUCCAAAAUUUAUCCUUGCUGAGAAAGAAACCAUCCGGUCGUCAGAUCUGGAGGUACUUUAGAGCCAGCCAGAAAGAAAAUGGAUGACCAUCAUUGUUCAGAUAAGGAGAUACAGGCAUUAUCCUCAUAUUAAUUACACAUUAAGACUGUCUUGUUAAUACCACACCACAUUGGCAAUCAAGACCAAUUAUUUUUUUAGGGACUAUUUGCCACUGUUACUAUUGAACAACAACAACGAAGAAGAAGAAUUUUCUAAUCUUAUAUCUAAAAUUUGUCAAACAACAAAUUCAUUAAGUUUUUUUCCUAUUUUUAGAAGCUUUGAAGUGCCUUCUAAAUCAUGUGAGCCCUAACAGUUGCAUGCUCAAGUGCACUUAUUGUUAAAAUAAUUUUACACAGAUGUUUUUACACAUUACAAACUGUUUUCACAUUAUAGAAUUUUAAAUAUUUCCAAUUCACUUAACUUCUGCCUUAGCACUUCCGACACCAAAUAGUAAUAAUGAGAAGUAUUACAUAUGGACAUUAGAAGUUUUACUCCAUAUUGCAUUGAAUAUUACUGAUUAAAGAUGUUGCUGCUUCUAAGUUACCUGAAAAGAUGGGGAAAAAAAUCAGCAAAAUACCAAGAAAAUGAAAAGCAACUGAAGAAACCUCAGUGCAAAAUUACCUCAAAAACAAGUGUGUGAGGGCAAUGAAGGGUAUUCAUCAUCUGAGUAUAAGAUGACUGUGCUUUGGUAUUAACCAUAGUUAAGAUAACAGAAAUGUAUUUUUCUGUUGUAAAGCUUGUAAUUUCAUGUAUGUUGAGUUCUGAAAAUUUAUUCUAUUUUACCAGCAUUGUGAGAAUUAUAAAGGAUGUAAUUUUUGUGUAUAGUAGAUUUUAUUUCUGGACCAAAUAGUUACGCAUUUUAAAGUGUUGGGUCAUAGUAGUUAAGUAUCGUGAAUGAACUACCAUAUGCUGGCAUUAUCAUAAGCUCCUAAAUUUAAGUGCUAUUGAAAUCAUUAUUAUUUACACCAUGUGCAAAACUCUUAACCCAAACUUAAUCUUGUUUAAAAAUCCAGUAAUUCCAGUACAAAAGCCAUGACUGAUCUUAACAGUGAUGUUUUCUUUUUUUUUUUUUUUUUUUUUUUGCAUGGGACAGCUUUCUGUCAUCAAUUUAAAACUGCUAAUAAUAGUAAUUAAGAAUUGCAAAAAAAUUUAGAGGUGCUUUUUUUCUUCGUAAAAGACACCUAACUGAAUUAUAUCAGAUUAUGUACAUAUGUUGUAUAAUUCCAAAAUACUCCAGACCAUAAGAGUGUUUACAGCCCAAUUAUGAAGGAAAACAUCCUUAAGCCCAAUCAUGGCAGCUGAAUUGUACAAGAGUAAUGUAAGGAGAACAAGUUGUGUAUAUAUAUAUGUAUAUGGUAUAAUUUGCUAACUAAAAAUGCAUGCUGCUUGCCCUCAACAUUAUUAACGGCUUCCCUUUUUUUAAACCAUUUUCUUAUGCAUGCACAUUUUUUUUAUAUAUAUAUAACUUGAGAUUUAAACAAGGUGGGACCAAAAUGUUAUGUCCCCUUUCCCUAACAUAACAAGUUCAAAACCCUUUGAAAUUAUCUGUUUUUGUCAUCUGAUUACUCCUUACCAAGUGCCCCUGCAUACCUGAGCAUCUUUAGGGUUUUAUUAAGAUAGGCCAGUAGCAGGUCACGAAGGCCUCUAAAACUUGUGCAAUUAGUUUCCUAACCAUAAGGAUUAUCUUUAAGUUGAGGCAGGUUUAGAUAAGCAAUCAUCUGUGACAUUUGAUUGGGUAAUGCACCAACACAUCUGUGGUAAAAAUGAAGAUAGGUGAGAUCAUUUUUGAACACUUGUUUUUGGUAGGCUGAAAGUAACUAAUGUGCUAUGAGUAAAUUUCAUACUCAUAUUUGAUUUGCAUUCAUGCAUGUUUUGGUCCCAUUUCUCAUGGAUACAAGGAUGCUGUAGAGUGGAUGAAUUUUUUUUUUUUUUUUGUUCAUCUUAGCUGUAAAUGUCAUGGCUUAGUUUGCAAAGUACUGUUAAGCUGUGGGUUGCAUGUAUGCUUGUAAUUGGUUGUGUUGGUGACCUGGUUAUGGCAGAGAAUGAUGGUAUAUUGCAACAUGUUUAUCAUAUAUUGAUCAUAUGAUGCAUUUUUAAGCACCAUCCUUGCCUAUAGUUUCCAUGACAUUGUAUCACUGAGAACCCUGAUAGCAAAUAUGUACUUCAAUGCUAAGCUUUAUAUAUUAAAUACUGCUAUUUCAAUAAGGUUUAAAAAAACAACCAAAACUUGAAUAGUCCCAAGAAUUCAUCAAAAUAAAGGAUAAUGAAUUGUGAGUAAUGUGUGCAGGUUAAGAUGGUACUACAAGGUUGAAAAUAUACUAGAUGCUAUGCACAGAUUUCAUUCUGUAUUAGUGUUUAUUGCUGGCAUUUAGUAAUGCUGUGAAAUGCAAUCAUAUGUACUUUCCUGUUCAUGUUGAAGUGCAUAACAAUCAUUAUUCCACAAACAUUUCUAUUUUAUUAUACUCCAUUAACACUAAGAUAUGUUAUGCUCUUGGCAUCAAGACCUGAUACCACUGAAUAUUAUACAAAUCUUCUUACCAGAAUACUUUAACUUUUAAAAAUAUGUGUGUAUAUUUUACUUUUCAUUAUUCUUUAUGAAAAACGCUGUUGAUCUUCCAUUGUUGUGCUAAUGUUAUUCUUCUAUGCUGUCCUUAGCUCUCUCCCCCCCACUUUAUUUGCAUACAUUUGUGUAUACGAUCUCAUUUUUGUACUUAAAUAUUUCAUGAAUCUGUCGCUUAGAAUUGUCGCCUCCCUGUACAUCAACCCAUCCACUUGUUACUUCAGUGUUGAUGAAUUCGUUCAGUAGUAGCAGGAAAUAUCGUUCAUUAUUAAGGGACAUAGAACCAUACCCUAGAAAUGUGAUUUGAUGAAUAUGCACACCUUUCCAAUCACUUCCCCCCACCCCCCACAACUUAUUAUCAACAAUACAAAAAAAACUAAUGUAAAAUGAAUAAGCAGUAUUGUGCUACACAGAUAUCAUAAAAAAUUGUUUCAAGUAUUUGUCCUCUUGAACAGCUGCAAACCAGAGGAGGGGAGGAAGGGGAAUAAGCAAAACCAAAGCUUUGCCGAGAAUAGAGAGUUAUUAAUACUUGGGUGAGUAAAAUUACAAAAUAUGCAGUCAGCCAGGUGGAAUUUUUUUUAACCCCCCAAACAAGUUUAUUCUUGUUUGUAACAUUUGAAUUUUAUUCUCUACUUAUCUAUAUAUUUUACUUACAUUUUCACAUUCCUUCGUUAAGAAUUAUGAACUUGUGUGCCCACAAGUAUUUUUCUCAAUAUUUUCAAAUAACAAGGAAAGCUGUGCACAAAAGACUUUUUCAUUACAAUUUAUUUUAUUUACUUUUUGUUAACUUGUUCAUAUCUCUAUCACCGAUUAUUAUUUAGCUUUUUCUAUUCAGUUCGUACCUGCAAAUGCAAGCACCCUUUAUAGCUCAGUUUUAACGAUACACCGUACUGAAUGAGUUUAAGCUUAACUGACAAAGUUUAGAGACCUUGAAUAUUGACUCCUCAAACACAACACUUGUGCACAUUGUGAACUUUUAAGUGUACAUGCCUUGCUAAGCUGGGAGCAUGGAAUGUCAGUUCAUUACUUUGAGCUAGGUUUAUUUGUAACUUUUUUGGAAGUCUUCGUUAACCACCUUCCAGUAUUUGUGUGUGAAAGAACAUGGCAUCUGAGUUGUGUAUUUUAAACUAUAAUAAAAAUAAUCCAAAUUUGUAUCACUACAACUGAUUUAUGGAAGACAAAGGAUAAAAAGAAAUGAGUAAAGAACAAUGUUUUUGAUAUUUCACUUAAUAUUAAGUUAAUGCAUGUUAGAUUCUAAAGACAUUUCGCAUGUUGGGAAAAUUAUGCAAAACAGUCCACUUUUAAAAUCAUAGGCAUCAAUAAACAUGUUGCUUGUUUGAUAAGUGAUACAACUGGGGAAUGUUGCCUUUUGUACCUGAUCAGUACCACCAAAUGCAUUUCAGCAACUUCCUUUCUCACUUAUCUUUUAUUCCUUGUAGCUUUGAAAGAUUUUAUUACUCCAGUAGGCCAAUUGCUGCUGCACAUAAAACCCUGAUAUCAGCAAGCCAAAGGGGCAGCUGCUUAGAAUUUUUUAGUGUCUUGUAGGUGCUCGUGAAUGGUUCCCCAAGAAGCUAAGGUUUGAUUGUAAAGCUUUGCAUUUUAUUUUGCAAUGUAUGAAUAAAGAGCAUAAUGUUAGU